AUGCAGAUGACGCGCUUCAUCCCGGCCUAUCGCCUCCCCGACAAGGCGCUGGUCGACGAGGUGAUGACGAUGUGCGGCGAGAUCGGCGUCGAUAUCUACAAGCGACAGGAAGAACUGGCGGCGAUCCGCACCGACCGGCGCCCCGACCUGCCCCGCAUCAAGUGCCCGACCACCGUGGUCUGCGGCCGCGACGAUGCGGCGACACCCUUGUUCCUGUCGGAAGAGAUCGCCAAGGCCAUCCCGGUCGCCAGCCUCGUCGUGAUCGAGAAGUGCGGCCAUCUCGUCACGAUGGAGAAGCCGGAGGAGACGAACCUGAUCCUGAAGACGUGGCUGGAGCGAAGGGCUUAG